AUGGCACGGACAACACUCUCGCUGCUGCGGUCUGUGGUCUCGGCCGAGGGCGGGAAGCGGUCGGCGCAGGAGCUGCUUGAAUGCGUGCGGUACAUCGGCCAGCGGCUGGAGGAGUCACAGCCGGUCGAGAUGGCGGCCGGGUGCACCGUCCGCCGAGUCAUGCACAUCAUCCGGACAGAGUACGCCAAGGCUGUGGUUGUGCGCGACGAGGAGCUUGCACGCGAGGCCGAGGCUGCGGCGGCGCGCGCGUCGGCGGUUGCGGACCAGAGCGAGGAGGACCAGAGCGAGGGCGAUGAGGACGGGAGUGACCGCGCCGACUCGGAUGGCCGGCUCUCGCUGGUGACCUCGGGCCGCAUGGUGGCGGCACCGGUCUCACCGCGCUCGGGCGGCGCCAUGACGCCGCGGUUGGAGGCCAACGGCGGUGCACUGCAUCACAUGCUGGAAGGCGCCGGCGCGGCCGAGGACGCCACGCCGCGGCUUGACCGGACCGACGUCUCCAUCAAGUCGGCCGUCCUCGGCAUCAUCACCGAGCUCAUCGACGACCUCGCGAACCUGCACGACCAGAUUGCCGAGUCGGCGCCCGAGUUCAUCUCGUCGGGCGAGACCAUCAUGACGCUGGGCAACUCGCGGACAGUCCGCGAGUUCCUCAUCAUGGCCUCGGAGAAGCGGCAGAUUGAGGUCAUUGUGGCCGAGUCUGCGCCCACACUCGCCGGCCACCAGCUUGCCGCCGAGCUCGCUGCCGCCGGCGUCUCCACCACCGUCAUCACUGACUCGGCUGUCUUUGCCAUGAUGGCCACCGUGUCCAAGGUCAUUGUGCCGGCCCACGCCGUCAUGGCCAACGGCGGCAUCAUCGGGCUGACCGGAUGCAACUCUCUCGCGCUCGCCGCCAAGCGCUACUCGGUCCCGUUUGUGGUCGUCACCGGCUUCCACAAGCUUGUCCCGCACUUUCCGCACGACGUCGACGAGCACAACAUGCACCACUCGCCCGAGACCGUCCUCCACUUUGAGGAGUCGGACAUCGUCGACGCUGUCACUGUGUACAACCCGGUGUUUGAUUACGUUCCGCCCGACCAUGUCGACCUCUUUGUCUCCAACUUUGAGCGCGGCGUCCACAAUCCGUCGUACAUCUACCGCCUUCUCGCCGAGUUCUACUCGCCCGAGGACCACACCCUCCACUAA